AUGGAUCAUCAAAAUUGGUUUGACCAGUUUGAGGAAUUUCCAUCAACACCCAAUAUCCACAGUAGUCAUCAAUUCUAUGUGCCGACAGCGGAUGAACCUGAGAUUGCCUUGUCAUCAGAGGAAAUAAUUAAGGUGGUCGGCGCUCAGUACAAUCUGAACUGCACUUUUGCUGUUCCUUCCCUUCCUAGGGAAGAGCAGAACGGGAUUGAAUUGGCUCAUCUCCUUUUGGCCUCGGCAGAGAUGGUUAGCAAUCAGCAAUAUGAACAAGCCUCCAGGCUUCUAAGCCAAUGCAUGAAAUUCUCUUCCCAGCUGGGGAACCCCAUAGAGAGGCUCUGUUAUUAUUUUUUCGAGGCCCUCCAAGAGAGAAUCGAACACCAGACCUGCAGUGUGCCCAAUAAGGGGAAAGAAAAAAUCCCUAAUUUUGCCAGCAAUUACAAAAGUUAUUAUGCAAAAGGUGAGUUUUAUUCUGUACUCGCUGUGUGUACUACUGUACUUCCCUAUGGCAAAAUGAUAGAAUUCACGGCCGUCCAAGCUAUCCUUGAUGCCGUGGAGGAUGAGAAAAGAAUUCAUGUCAUUGAUCUGGGAAUUCGAACUGGGUGCCAAUGGGCAGCAUUGAUUGGGUCUCUCUCUGUAAGAGUUUCUUCUUCUUCCAUUGAGCAUCUAAAGAUCACAGCUGUUGGAGUGAAUUCUGAUGACCUAGAAGGCAGUGGAAGAAGGCUUACAGAGUUUGCUAAAUCUAUGGCCAUUAGCUUUUCCUUUAGUUCAGUCAAGAUCUCAAGUUUUGAGGAUAUUAACGAAGCUUUAUUUGAUAUUGAAGUAGGAGAGUUCGUGGCGGUAUAUGCUCCAACUGUUUUCAGAACUUUGUUAUAUGACCCUACUCUUCUAGCAAAUACUGUUAAUGUUAUCAAGAAAUUAAAUCCCGACAUUCUGCUGAAUUCGGAAAUAGAAGGGCAGCAUAAUUCCCCCUAUUUUGCUGAUCGGUUCACUGAGGCGCUUAUCUAUUACAGCGCUUACUUUGACUGUUUGGAGGCUGUGCUGCCCGACCGAAAGGAUUUAAGAAGGCUCAAGUAUGAGGAAGCCUUUUGUGGGAGUCAAAUAAGAAAUAUGAUAGCCUGCGAGGGGGAGUACAGGAGGGUGAGACACGUUAGAAUGGAUGUGUGGAGGUCUUUCUUCAGGCGAGAGGGAUUUAGAGAAAAGAAAUUCAGCUAUCUGGCUUGGUAUCAGGCAAGAUUAUUGCUCAAGCAAUAUGUUAAUGCAGAACGUUUUACUAUUGAACCGAAUGGAUCUGCUAUGAGCGUAGGGUGGAAUGGAAGGCUGUUGCACACACUGUCUAUAUGGACCUGUAAGACAAUGCACAAGGGUUACUAA